CUCGCGAUAAUUCCUAUUUCCUUCUCUUUCACUCCCUGUAGCCAACAUGGCAGUCGGCAAGAAUAAGAGGCUGACCAAAGGCGGCAAAAAAGGUGCCAAAAAGAAGAUUGUCGACCCAUUCUCCAAGAAGGACUGGUAUGAUGUCAAGGCACCCGCAAUGUUCAACAUCCGCAACAUUGGCAAGACAUUGGUCUCCAGGACUCAGGGAACCAGAAUCGCCUCCGAUGGUCUGAAGGGACGUGUGUUCGAGGUGAGCCUUGCUGACCUGCAGAACGAUGAGGUGGCCUUCCGCAAGUUCAAGCUGAUCUCAGAAGACGUGCAGGGCAAGAACUGCCUGACUAACUUCCACGGCAUGGACCUGACCCGUGACAAGAUGUGCUCCAUGGUCAAGAAGUGGCAGACCAUGAUUGAGGCCCAUGUAGACGUGAAGACCACCGACGGCUACCUCCUGCGUCUGUUCUGCGUUGGCUUCACAAAGAAGCGCACCAACCAGAUCAGGAAAACGUCGUACGCCCAGCAUCAGCAGGUCCGUCAGAUCAGGAAGAAGAUGAUGGAGAUCAUGACCCGUGAGGUCCAGACUAACGACCUGAAGGAAGUCGUCAACAAGCUGAUCCCUGACUCUGUUGGCAAGGACAUUGAGAAGGCCUGCCAGUCCAUCUACCCCCUCCACGAUGUCUACGUCAGGAAGGUUAAGAUGCUGAAGAAGCCCAAGUUUGAGUUGGGCAAACUGAUGGAGCUCCACGGUGAGGGUGGUGGCAGCAGUGCAGCCAAGCCCUCAGGGGACGACACCGGGGCGAAGGUUGAUAGGGCGGACGGCUACGAGCCCCCCAUCCAGGAGACCGUCUAAACACCCUCUGACAGAUUUAAUAAAAAAUAUUUGUCCCUGAUCACGUUCCAUCCUUUUGGUCAUAAUUCUCCAUUCAAGAAAAACCCCUUCCUACAUUGACGCCACAUUCAGGAAGUGUCCAUUUAUUUGGUUGGAAAACAAUGGUGCCAAGCUAAAUAUAAACCCUCAGUUAUCUAUUUUUCAUGUUAUUCUGUAUGUCCCAAGCAUACAUUUCCACCGACCCUGUUAGGCUAAUUUGGAGAAUUACCCACAUUUCAAAAUGUUAAUGUUUGAGAGAAGUUAAAAUCCUGUUCAAGUGUUUUUUAGGAUCCACAUUUCCACCCUGUUAGGAUUAUGCACCCACAUUUUUUGGGGGUCAAAACCUUUUUCGGACACUUUUUCCACUAAGUUACGAAUGACCCUGUUAACAGAUGUAAAUCAUUGUCAAGGAGACUUAAUACAAAUCUUUAUUUCAUGAACCAGCUCAGCAUUUGAGAACAAUAAAUUACCAGAAAAUG